CAACACUACAGUAACAGCCUCAGUAAAAAAGUACUAGAAGAGAGGGGAGCGAAGUAAAAGUGAGUAAGUGCGCUAUUUUAUCUAAUACUUUUCUUUUUUAUGUCUCUAAUGUAAGCCAUACACGCUACGGUGUACCGAAGAGGUGACCUGUGCAGGUUUGCCUGCGGUCUUCAGUUCUGUCCACGAUGGCAACGAUCGAGGACGAUGACGCGCUGGCAUUGAUAGGCAUUGCGGUCAUUUUGAAGAAGAAACGUACAAAAACAGUGAUAAAAAAGCGAAAAAAGUGGUGUAAACAUUGGCUAUUGAAGAAGAAAACCUAUAGUCAUGUUAACCUAUUGAAUGAGCUAAAAUUCGAACCUGAAGAUUUUAAAAACUAUCUCAGAAUGGACGAGAAUACCUACAUAAAAUUACUUGCAAUGGUUACGCCCAUGAUAACAAGAAAGGAUACAAUUAUGAGGAAUAGUAUUUCUGCGCACGAAAGGCUAUCGGUUACCUUAAGAUUUCUUGCAACCGGCCGCAGUUACGAGGACCUAAAAUUUUCAUCAAUUAUUUCACCUCAAGCGUUCGGAAAAAUUAUUCCUGAGACAUGUGAGGCCUUGUAUAAGGUUCUCAGAAAAGGUUAUUUGAAGUUUCCUACAUCUGAAGAAGAAUGGAAAGAAAUAGCAAAGAUGUAUGAAGAACGAUGGAACUUUCCUCAUUGUCUCAGUGCAAUAGAUGGGAACCACAUUGCGAUUGUUCCUCCGGCUAAUAGUGGAUCAUAUUUUUAUAAUUAUAAAGGACAUCAUAGUGUGGUUCUUAUGGCAAUUGCUAAUGCAAAAUACCAUUUUGUGUACAUAGAUGCUGGAAUGAAUGGUAGAAUAUCCGAUGGAGGGGUACUACAAAAUACUGUAUAUUUUGAAAAAUUAGAAAAUAAUGAAUUACAUAUUCCAAGCAGUGAAACAAUAACAGGAAGUAACCUACAUUUGCCAUAUGUAUUUUUGGCAGACGACGCCUUUAAAUUACGGCCCGAUAUGAUAAAACCGUUUCGCCAGGGAGAUUUAACAUCCCGAGAAAGAAAAAUCUUGAAUUACAGAUUAUCUCGUGCCCGACGCACUGUAGAAAACGCUUUCGGCAUUACGAUUUCGGCUAUAUUAUACUCAUAUAAAUUUAGAACCCAAAAAUAUCGAUAAAGUAGUUAAAGCUUCUUGUGCGUUACAUAAUUUUUUAAUUGAACACUCAAAAAAGUCUUAUGCACCUCUAAAAUGUUUCUAUCGAGAGAGCUCUGAAAACAGAACUAUAAUUUCGGAAGGAUAUGAUACAAAAAAUAGUACGAUGGAAAAUUUAGAAAGAAGAAACCCAGGAAAUACUUUGAACAAGGCGAAGACUGUUCGAGAAGACUUCAUGAAUCAUUUUAAUGCGGAGGGAAGAGUACCAUGGCAAGACGAUCAUGUAAAUUAACGAAGUAGUUUCAAAUAGCCUUGAACUAUCGUGUAAUCUCAAAUGUAAGCGAUAAUGUGUUAUAUACAAUUUAAUAAAAAUUACUAUGUACAAGAUAG